GCAAUUUCCGUUGUAUUACUGACAUAGCGUGAUGUACCCCCGUUUGCUAACAAAUACAUUGCCAUACACACAUACCUUGUUCUAUCUUCACUUGUGAUUGAGCUAACUGCAUUCUAAAUCAAACAUUAUCUGCAUUUAUAGACUGUGGGUCGGAAUAUAUCAUACCUAACAUUGGUUUACAUUACUGGAGAGUCCAACAACCAAACAUUUAUAAUUGUGAAUUUUCAGUAUCAGACCCAAUCCGAACACGCAUCAACUUGGUGAACUUAAGUAAAGUCCCAAUUUUUCUGUUGUAUUUGUAACAAUUAACAUUAUUAUUUACUCUUAAUAACUUGGUUAAUAUUUUUUUACGUUCAUUUCUGUCUUGUCCACCACACUAUACCGACUUUCAGUAUUAAUGUAAUACAGCAUGUUGGAUCUGUACAGAAGUUCACUUCAUAGAAAAAAUUAGGAAGACCCUUUAAAACUUUAUCCUCACAACACCGCUGUUCCCUUCCCAGGUCCCGGUAUAUUGACUUGUUUGAUAGGUGCUACCCUAGGCUUGCUAUACAACAAAACACUGGUGUUUCCUGCAAAUAAAUAACCCAUGGGCAAGCAGCUGCUCCAUAACUGAUCUCCAAGUCAUCACUGAAUCGAUUUAAUUUCACCUUCGCGUCGGGUCUGUCAAUUCUCUUCUUGAUCUCCCGAGACACCUCUGGAAACAUCAGCGCAAUCAAAAACACUCAGCUCUAUUUUAGGUAGUUGUAUACCUACCAUAACAGGCGCCAGUAGCUUUAUGCUCUUCUCUAAUAUUUCAGGUUUCUGCUUCAUGUCUAAACUACGAUCUUUCAUGUCAUCUACUAUCGAAUCAGAACUAGCGUCACUAUUAUUGUAAUUAACCCUAUUUAAGUCUGAAUCAUAUGACAUAAGGGUAUCAAAAGAUACUAUGUCAAAAGGGACUCGUCAUUUGACUUGACUUUAUUGACACCAAUCAGAUUCGAGCUUGACUUUCUUCAACGUACAUAAGACGAAAGUUGAACUGUCGUUCAGUGCUCUACAAUUAAAAAAUAAACACUUCUCUUCUGCAUUACAAAAGCAGUAUCAUAAUAUCCAGAUUGUUAAUGGUAGACACGCGGAUGCCUUAUGCUUUAGCAAUCAUGCAACCUGUGAAUCCAUAAUGCAGCGUGAAACGUGCAUUACUUACGAAUGAUAGUGUAAAAAUGUUAGCUGAAUCAGGAACAGUUAAGUCUGUGAACACUUGCGAAACCAACUAAAAAUAAGAUAAAGAAUAGUAUAAAGAUAAAUAUUUACCAGCAACUAAUAAAAAAAUAUUCGAUUAUAGAUCGUACGUGCAUUUAACUCAUCCUUUUUUGUUCCAUUAUGCACGCUUAUUCACUUUAUCUCUUGCGUCGUGCAUAAAGCCUGGCUCGCAAUACCCAUCGCGUGUGUUAUUUGGUUUUCUGGACAGGCGGCACAUUAGAACCGUAAACACAUAACAUCUAUAAAUAUAUAUGGACUUAUGUUAGUUUGCUGCGAAUUGUUCUGUAGAAUUUGUCACUACUUAUACCAAUUUUACUUUUAGUUUCACGUAAGGUAUAAGUUAUUGCUAGUUUGGGUGUCAACACUUGGGCUAGGCAUGCUUUGGUUGAAUUCCGAAGAUCAUCACAUGCAAUCUCGGAUAAUCUGGUCGCCUGAGAUUUUAUAAACAGCUUCGGUUUGCGCACCCGGGCAGUAUCACAGCCCUCACACACAUCAAAUGAGAUUUGUGUGGCGCAUGCGGCUUAUUUACCUGAUGGGAGAUUUCUAGCUGUGUUUAACAGCUCAAUCGUCUCGAGGAUCAGCAGGCAUUUGGUAGAGCAGCAUGUACUGCAUAGCCAACGUAGUAGUGGUUUGCAAUACCUUUAAAAUGCAGUCGAUGUGUCCUGUGCACACAUGAUACUACUUGUUGGGGGUAUCAUAUUACAUUCAAUCCUCGACUAGAAAGAAACAUGGGUUGCCGCACCGAUGUUUUGUUGGGGCUAUUUAAUUUGUUAAUUGGACACAGAGAACAAAGAAAUUUGUCAGCACCGGAAAUAGCAAAAGCAAAAAUCAUUUAUGGAUAAUGUCCUGAAAAUUCUAAAAAUGAUGGACACUGAACAUCAAAAAGUUUUUUAUGUCGUACUCAAAAAAUGAGUACGGAAAACCUGCUAUACAAGUGAACUGGUUGGUCCACUAAACGAGAGCCGCUUGAUAAAUCUUUUUUUCUGCACUGACAAUAUGAGUACAAUCCAAUGAACUAAUGUUAAACUGACAUUAUCGAGUAGUCUAUUACUAGUAGCUCAAUAUUUAGUUUAAGUAAGUAUUAAAGUAGCUUUCACAUUUUAGGACAUAAUCGAAAUUCUAUGAUUUACUCAGCAAGGAAAAAGUACCACCUUUUAUUAGGGGAAAAUGACCCAUGUAACAGGCAUAGUCGUGUGAGCGAAAAUAUAUCAAGUAGAGGGAAGUAUGACAAGAACUGCUACAAUGAGUAGAUAAAAAGCAUAUGUUCUCAACCAGUUUGAAUGUAAUAUAUGGGAAUAUAUUCAUUGUCACUGAGAAACGUGUUCAUCCCUCAUAGGGUUCUGCAGUUAAAUGGGAUAAAAACUACGAGUUAAACUUUAAAAACUAGCAUGGCAGAACUGGCAAACUAUUAUUUUCCUGGAAUCUUCGUCCGGGCGGUUGUAAAGCGUUUUUGGUAGUUAAGACAUGGUUAUCAUUUUUCUGAAAAUGACAGUUAAAACAAGUCAAUUAUUAAUAAUGAAAGUGGCCGUGGAGUAAUUCUUAAAGUAAUCGCUCUUAGUCUCUACGGAAAUAGAGUAAACAUCGAGUUUUCUCGCGACUCUAUAGAAGUUGCUGUUAUUAUUUUCUCUAGUAGGGACUUCUACUGUUUGCUGAUCCUAACCACUGGAAAGCUUGCACAGAUUUCUGUAUGAGUUCGUUUAUAUUCUUUUUAUAAAUGGAUAUCCUCUUAGGUGUAAUUUAUUACUAAGAUGAAUCGUUGGUCUGUUAUGGUGAAGAGGACCAUGAGGAAAUUAUACAUCUGAAAAUUAUUCCCCCUAAUUCUUUUGUACUGCACAGGUUGGAAGCUUGGGAUUUCCUGCAGAUCUGCGUAUGGAUUUUUUUUAGUCAGAGCACCUUUGUAGUUGCUGUUCUUGGAACGCUUUCGAAACGAACACUAUGCUUCUUAAAGUAGGAGGAUAACGCAGAAUUUUUCUCCAGAUGAAGUUUGAAGUAAACACUGAAAUUAGUUCUCAAUGGUUCCGAGACUAGGUUUCCCAAUGUUCUGGAAAGAAACUUAAGGACAGAAUAUGACUUGUUAGCUGGAGAAUGCCAAAGGGAAUGGAAAUUGGGGUACCACACAGUGUUGUCCCAGUCAUUUUACUAUGGUAAGGUGUGUGAUGCAUCUAUCACCCAAGAAUUACUAGGUGGAUAGAGUGUCUGUUGGCAAUGGGAAGUCUCCAAAUACAACUUGUGAGAAAAAAAUUAAUAUCGAUUCAAGCUGAAUUUAGUGUGAAUAUUAAGUCAACUUUCAAUACAUUUUCUCAUUACUUUGUAGGCAUCCAAUGUAUUUUCACUAUGAUUUCUGUUCAUUGACAAUGUAUUAGUUUAUUAAUUAUGACCGAUUUAAUAGAUAUAUAGAUCAUUAACCUAAAUGUAUUUUCUAUUAGGAAGUUGAAGUUUUUACUCUAGUUAAUGUUGCAUGGAAGACACGAAUAAAAGUAUUUUCGUUCGUCAUAUUAACAACAGAGUUGACAAUUAGUAGACCAGCACACGCAUCUGUCAGUAUCAACAUUGUUCAUCUUUAACAUUCUAAAUCUGUUGGUACUGGUAAGAAGGUGGUUUAUGUUCCUCAGUUCGGGUUUUUCUGAAAAACUAUGGUUUUCAAUUAUUGUUAUUAUUAUAAAAUUUAAUGUUCUGCUUACUAGAACUAAUCCUAGUUGCUGAGAAUUGCAUAUUUUACGGAGUAUAUAGGACUAAACAAAACAGUUAUUAGUAAUAUUACUAUUAAAGCACCCCAAAAUAGUUGCGUGUGAUUUGUCAUUCAAAUUUUUUUCUGAUCUAAUAUAAUAUUUGUUAAUCUUUUCACUCAUAUCGUGAAAAGGAGCUUGUAUAGUGAGACCGUAACUUUCCCCGGAUCUUUUUUUACGGUGACAGUACCCAUUACAAAUUGAUGAAUGCAGUUAGGCAUAGGAACCAUGACAAGCCAGUGUUACUCCUCACAUUCUUGUAAAGUUUACAGGUAUGGACACUCCUUUUUGUGCCAUUUUAUAUAGGAUAAAUCUAAGGACUUGCUUUAGUCGGAUAAUGUGAGCCCUAGCAUAUUUUAGUGACUUUUUCGAGUUAUUAUACAUUAGUCUAUCUGUCUUUGUCAUCUGAAGCGCAAAUUAAUUGUUAACUAUAUAAGAAGUCUUAAGAAUUUACUUCUGGGUCGUUAUUGUUGAAGAAUUUUCGAAUAGUCUGAUAGUUAUUUUACUCCCGGGAGUAAAGUAGACAUUCUUACAUCACCUGUGUUCAGAUUGUUUUAUACUAAAGCUUACCAUCUGACUUUACAAUCUGUGGGUCGUUUGACAAGUCAUUUCUUAAGAAAUCAUUUCAUAGACGUAUUAUUUACUGGAUCGAAUCCUCCAUAAGAUUAAAUAAAAAUAAGAGUUCCACUACUUACAACAGUCUAGAUGAUAGACCGCAAAAUCAUAUCGGUUAAACACUAAUGAAAACAUAAUUUAUAUAUGAAGGCCUUAAUAUAUACUGGCAUGUAACUAAUGUGAAGUACAGUUGAUUCCAUGUUGAAAUUUCUAAUCUUUGAGUACGAUUUAUUUGUAAAACGCUUAGGCGUUCUUAAAAUGAUUUUCUGAAUAUAUAUAGUUAUAACGCUCGCGAUUUACUUCGUCUAUUUUUAUAACGGUUGGGUUUCCACGUUACACGUAUGGGACGUUGAUUUACUUUAAACGAUUAUCUACACCAGACCCCUCCCAGUGUCUACUCUACAGGACGUCAACACAACUAAGAUCAAGAACAUGUAAUUAGUCUGACCACAACGUUAAUAUAUUCCCACACCAAAACCCGUCACAAUCCACAACAAUGAACAAACAAUAAUAAGUGUGUUGCAAUGAUAAGAAUAAAGGAAUAUAUAACUUAUCUGACACAUGUCAGACUAUCUACAUGUCUGACUAAGCAGACAACCAAUCAUGAUCAUACUCGACCACACAUCACCUCACUCACGAAGUUUGAUCGUAUGACUUUAGUUUUGGGUCUAUUUAAAAAGAUUUCGCUUGUUUUCGUUCCCUGGACGAUCUUCGCCUUGCUUCUGGUUCCAGCUCAUUUUUUCUCAUUACAACUUGUAGUGACGGUGGGAUAUUAAAUGUAUCACAUAAUACUUCCAUUGGUGAAGCUUUGGGUUUAGAUGACUCAAACAUUUUUUCUGUCUCGCAGUUGAUUGGUGUGUCUAAUAAUUAGUGUAUUUUCGACCAUCACUUCAUACAGUACGGCCCUACGUCUUUUUUUAAUACAUCCAAAAAUCCAUCUGUAUUAAAAAAAGACGUAGGGCCGUACUGUAUGAAGUGAUGGUCGAAAAUACACUAAUUAUUAGACACACCAAUCAACUGCGAGACAGAAAAAAUGUUUGAGUCAUCUAAACCCAAAGCUUUACCAAUGGAAGUAUUAUGUGAUACAUUUAAUAUCCCACCGUCACUACAAGUUGUAAUGAGAAAAAAUGAGCUGGAACCAGAAGCAAGGCGAAGAUCGUCCAGGGAACGAAAACAAGCGAAAUCUUUUUAAAUAGACCCAAAACUAAAGUCAUACGAUCAAACUUCGUGAGUGAGGUGAUGUGUGGUCGAGUAUGAUCAUGAUUGGUUGUCUGCUUAGUCAGACAUGUAGAUAGUCUGACAUGUGUCAGAUAAGUUAUAUAUUCCUUUAUUCUUAUCAUUGCAACACACUUAUUAUUGUUUGUUCAUUGUUGUGGAUUGUGACGGGUUUUGGUGUGGGAAUAUAUUAACGUUGUGGUCAGACUAAUUACAUGUUCUUGAUCUUAGUUGUGUUGACGUCCUGUAGAGUAGACACUGGGAGGGGUCUGGUGUAGAUAAUCGUUUAAAGUAAAUCAACGUCCCAUACGUGUAACGUGGAAACCCAACCGUUAUAAAAAUAGACGAAGUAAAUCGCGAGCGUUAUAACAUUCAUUCCCGUAUGUUCUAUAGAGUGAAGCAUAAAAUUAAAGUGUUCAUAAUACUAAUUGUAUAUACUAUAUAGUGUAGCUGAAUUUCAUUUCUUUGCAUUUUCCCAAAUGUUGCAAACUUUCUAGUUGAUUGGAAAGACACUCGACUCUGUAUUGUUACAUGUCUCCGUGACGUCAUUAUUCUGCGUGUUGAUUUCUACAGUCUGGUAUUUUAAGUGAAAUUAAACAUUUCUCUAAACAAUAGUAGUUGGUCUAAAUGAAUUUGAACACUCUUCCUGUUCAAUCGUUUAUUUAGUUUUCAGUUUCAUAUUUUCCAUUAACUUGCGUUUAAAUAUAUUUUGUAUAUAUUGGUUUGACAUCGCAAAAGUUAGACUUCACACUUUCAGUGUAUGGAAGAAAAAAGCAAUUCAAGUGUUUCCGUGGCCUCCUUAUCAAAAGAUGUAAAGAGUUGGAAAUAUCGUAACAACCAUUCCAAGUUUAUCACCUCAACUCCGAUUAAUUGUCAAAAUCAUCGGAAUAUUUCAUCCGUAAAACAGGAAUCGAAGAUCUCGUUUUCAAUAAAUGAACGCCUAACAGAUUUAUUAAAUAAAAUUCUUCCUUUAAAAAAGAAAUGGAGCACAAAUUUCCAUCAGUCAUGUAUUGUUUUCACAAAUCUGGCUACAAAUAUUUGUAAAAUCCUAUCAGGUUCAUUAUCCUUUGAGAAUCAUGAUGAUUCUGUCACUUACGGAUUGUGUAAUCUAUAUUUAAAUGAUAAUUUAGAACAAAUGACAAAACUUCGUGAUGGUCAGAUUUUGGAAACCUAUUAUGAUAAACUAAAUGAAUGUAUAAAAGAUAUGGAAGAUUGUGGCGUACGGCUAAAGUCUAUGCUAGACCAAUUGAAUGCUUUGAGACAACUAAGUCAAAAUGAAUCAAUUUACCAACAGUAUGCCACAUGCCAAUCGACAUUGGACUCAUCCGUAAAAGUAAAAAGUGAUUCUGCACUAGAUGAUAACAGUUUGUCUACUUUAAAUUCGACUCGAUCAUAUCCAUUAACAUCAUUAAAACAACAAACACAACAACGGAAGUUCAGGGAGACUUACUUAUGCGAAAUAUUGAACAUUGAAAUAAACGGACUAAUCAAACAAAUUGAACGUGAUUCAAGCAUUCGAAAAUAUUUAGUGAAAAUUAUAUUACCUAGCACUUCACAUUAUUUUCAAGUGAAUACUUUUGUUCAGGAUAAUGAUGAUGCUGUCCUAACAAAAUUUGUGUCAAUUUGGCGUCAUUUUGGACAAUAUGUUUCAUGGUUUACUGUUAUAUCAAUGUCUGAGCAUAUUUUGAAAACUUUCAAUAAUACAAACUGAAUGAAUUCAUAUAGAAUCAUGUAUAUAUUUAUGCACCUUUUUUGUACCAGAAAUGAGUAUAUUAUUUUUGCUG